CACACACACACACACACACACACACACACACCUCUCUCUCUCUCUCCUAUCGGCUGCACAGGCAGGUCCUUCCAAGGGAAGAGCAAACAGGGUCGGAAUGCGAGGGGAGUGGGAGGGUCUGGUGUUUCUCUUCCCCGAUACAAACGGGCCUUAGGGGCUCCGUCUCCCUCCUCUGGGCUAGAACCCUACCAUGGGGUGGGGGUGAUGGGGUUUCCGUUAACCCACCUUCUUCACGUCCCUCUGAUCCGUGGCCGGUGCAGGGGCGUGCGCGGAGGUGGGGAUAGAAGCUGCCCAGCUCUGAGGAGGCUGUAAUUCGGGUUUGCUGCUCGGGACUGGGGGCCGGACCAGCCCUAGAGGCUGGUGUGGAGCUCGCCGAUGGAGGCCCGGGCCCGUCAAGCCGCGUUUUCUCCCGUGAGUGGCCGAGCGGAACACCCAGCGACCAUGGCCGAUGCCGAAGACGGCUUUGACGUCUCUCACACUCCGCUAGAACCGGACGUUAAGGAGUUGGCGUCCGAAGCCAAGCCUGAAAACCCUCUCGGGGCAAGCGGCAAGUCCCCCGGGUCGCCGCAGGCGGCCUUCACCCAGCAGGGCAUGGAGGGGAUCAAAGUGUUCUUACACGAGCGGGAACUGUGGCUGAAAUUUCACGAGGUGGGAACGGAGAUGAUCAUAACGAAAGCUGGAAGGCGAAUGUUUCCCAGCUAUAAAGUGAAGGUUACCGGGCUUAACCCCAAAACUAAGUACAUACUGUUGAUGGAUAUCGUACCUGCGGACGACCACAGAUACAAAUUUGCGGACAACAAGUGGUCGGUGACGGGCAAAGCGGAGCCCGCCAUGCCAGGGCGCUUAUAUGUCCACCCCGAUUCCCCGGCCACCGGCGCUCACUGGAUGCGGCAGCUCGUCUCCUUCCAGAAGCUGAAGUUGACCAAUAACCACCUAGACCCCUUCGGCCAUAUUAUACUGAAUUCCAUGCACAAAUACCAACCUCGGCUCCAUAUCGUGAAAGCCGACGAGAAUAACGGGUUCGGCUCGAAAAACACGGCCUUCUGUACCCACGUCUUCCCCGAGACGGCUUUUAUCGCUGUGACAUCCUAUCAGAACCACAAGAUCACCCAGUUAAAGAUCGAGAACAAUCCAUUUGCGAAAGGGUUUCGUGGCAGUGAUGACAUAGAGCUUCAUCGGAUGUCAAGAAUGCAAAGUAAGGAGUACCCCGUGGUCCCUAGGAGCACCGUCAGACAGAAGGUGGCCUCGAAUCACAGCCCCUUCAGUGGCGAGUCCAGAGUGUUGUCCGCUUCCUCCACCCUGACUCCCCAGUAUCCUUGCGAGAAUGGAGUGUCCAGCACCGCUCAGGAUUUGCUGCCGACCACCAAUCCGUACCCUCUCUCUCAGGAGCACGGGCCAGUAUUCCACUGCACCAAGAGAAAAGAUGAAGAGUGUCCCACCCCUGAACACCCGUACAAGAAGCCGUACAUGGAGGCUUCCACGGCCGAAGAGGACUCGUUCUACCGGUCAGGCUACCCGCAACCACCACCGCCGCAGCAGCAGCAGCAGGGUCUGAACCCCCCGUAUCGGACCGAGUCGGCCCAGCGCCAGGCCUGCAUGUACGCCACCAGCUCAGCGCCUGCGGCGGACCCACCCCUGCCCAGCCUGGAGGACAUCAGCUGUGGCACCUGGCCCACUGUGCCCACCUACGGCAGCUGCCCAGUGGCCGGCCUGCAGCCCCUGGAGCGGCUCCCUUACCAGCAUUUCUCUGCCCACUUCUCUUCGGGACCUUUGAUGCCACGUCUGUCCGGGGUUGCCAACCACCCACCCCCGCAGAUGGGUGGCGAGGGCCACUUCCAGCACCAGACCUCGGUGCCCCACGCGCCUGGCUCCCGGCAGGGUGGGCCGCAGACUGCCAUCCAGUCCCCCGGCGCUUUGCAGCCGGCUGAGUUCCUUUAUUCUCAUGGGGUCCCUCGAACCCUCUCCCCCCACCAAUACCACCCCAUCCACGGAGUGGGCAUGGUGCCAGAGUGGAGCGAGACCAGCUAACAAGGGCUAGCAGACCCCCGGGGGCCCCGCCGCUGGAAUUCAGAGACAGAGAGAGAGAGAGAGAGACAGAGAGAGACAGAGAGAG